UUACUCUUUCAUCCAAGUUUUAUUUGGUUUUGCUGCCGUUAGAGUUCCCCGAGAUCGUAUUACUAGCGUUGACAAUGAGAGUAGAUAAAUGGUAGUUGUUAUCUAUUUGUGUUGUCUAGUUUUUGAGAGGGAUCCGACCUAUAAGAUGGGCACCCCUCAGAAUUUAAAUUGAAUAAGUUGUGCUAUCUAAGUCACCCGCGAGUUAUAUGUAUUCGUGGAUGUUUAUAAUGCUUCCAUUCAUCUACUACGAAACGCGAGAUAUUUUGGAAGAUGUAUGAUCUUCGAGGUUAACAAUACGUUUUAAGUACACUUAAAAAUGUCAAACCUGCAAAUACGGUGUCCUGGUAUGUACUGUGGACGUGAAGCAUUUCCCGAUGGAAAUUGGAGCGACUGUCAUGCUUGUCCUCGAGGAUUUAGGAGCAACGCUUCAUCCGCCUGUGUGUCGUGUGAUGAUUUUCCAAUGUUCUACGACUGGCUGUAUCUAGGAUUCAUGGCUUUGCUAGCUCUUGUUUUACACUGGUUUUGUAUUGACAUGGUGGCAAUGAGGCGGAGCAUCACAAAGGAAGUUAUAGCUCUUCACUUUUCUGCCUUGAUCGAGAUUGUCGGAGCCUCUCUAAUCACGCUGCAGUUGACUGAUCCAAUUGGAUCAUUUGCUAUUAGAUCUUGCAGGGCGAGAAAACUGUCUGACUGGUAUACACUGCUUCAUAAUCCAAGCCCUGAUUAUGGAAAAACUUUACAUUGCACUCAAGAAGCAGUUUAUCCAUUAUAUACCAUGGUGUUUACUUUUUAUGCUCUGGGUAUAAUCCUUAUGCUGUUGAUCCGGCCAUUGAUUGCUAAGAAGUUCCUACCCAAGCAGGGAAAGUUUUCCAUCUAUGCUGCGUUGUACUUCUUUCCGGUUCUAGCAAUGCUCCAUGCCAUUGGUGGUGGUCUUAUUUAUUAUUCCUUCCCGUACAUUACACUCAUAUUAUCUGUUCUAUCAAAUGCUGCACAUUUUGCUUUCAAGCUGAAUCAGUCUGUAAAAUCAUUGGUAAUGAGCUCAGUUUCGGAUGUGAGAAAUAUUGUGGUUAUACUUGGACAUUGGCUCCUACAUGGGUACGGAGUUACGGCACUAGCUACGCUGAGAGGCCUAAGUAUCCACCCAGCGAUGCUGGCCUUGGUCCCAUUGCCAGCGCUGUUUUACAUUCUCACUGCUCGAUUUACAGACCCUAAUAAGCUCCAUACUGAAUGAAAAGUAAAUCCAGUGACCAUCGAUCUCGUGAUCAUCCUGUGUCUAAUACCGUGUUCAGUAUCCUGAAAUACAACAAUGUGCCAAGAGAACUGUCUUAAAAUAAACAUGAACAUUUUUCAGAA